UCCGCCGAGAGGUCGCUUCGUCCCGCGCCGCGCGAUCAACAAAAAGAAUACAACAUUUCUGUAUUAAAAAACGUGCUGUGUGUGCUAUUAUAUUCUAGUGAGGUUUGGAUUGUGGUGAAUGAAGUUUGGCGAGUCAAGGAUAUCUCGGACUGAAUAAUCACAGUCCCAUGAUGCGUCUAUAAUAACCCCGUGCAGCGCACCGGCAUCAUGACGUCGGAGCGAGCUAUCCCCCACCUCCGGGACAUCUUCGGCCUGAACCAGCAAUACGAAGCCAAGUUUGAAGACGACGACAAGACCAAGAAGUCCAGCAAGAAGAAGAAGGAUGACUACCGCACGUACGCCAACGGCGACGUCAAAACCCUCGAGCGACACCUCAGCAUGAAGAAGACGAUAAGAAAGAAGAUCAUGAGAGAUCUCCAGCAGGCUUUUGUAGAGGAUCCAAAUGAAUUUAAGGUCGAGAACACCAGCCCGGAGAAAUUAAAGGCGGAAUUGAGCGCCGAGGCUGUGAAAAUAGAGAAGAACGUCAAGAAGAAUGAUCCAACGUUCCUAGAUAUGUUGAGAGGAGAGACCAGGGAGGAGACGAGAGAGGAGCAGCCUCCGACCGAGAAGACCAGCUUCUGGAGACGUCUUACCUUGAAGAACAAGAAUAAGAGAUAAUCGACACGCCGUUUAAACUCCGUGAACCUACGAAUUAUCGUACUUUGCGAUUCCUUUGAUAUUCUUAUUGGAGCAUUUACUAUAGCUUAUUUAUCAGAGAUUAUGCUUUGAUCACACCUACGAGACAGUGCUCUCGGCCAAUGAAAUGAAAUGAAAUUAUUUAUU